GGAAUGCCACCCAGCUCUUCUUCGUGGAGACAGCCCUGAGCAGAGUCCGCAGAGGGGACUUGGGUUCCAGCACUAUCCUCACCAAGCUGGUCUUCCUCAACAACGACAUCCAGGAGCUGGAGGCUGGCGCCUUUCAGGGGCUGCCCAACCUUGCUGAGCUGGAGUUGUCAGGCAACCUCUUGCCAGCACUCAGCCCUAAGGUGCUGAUGGGUCUGCCCAACCUCAUCAAGCUCUCCCUGGGUGCCAACUCCAUCAGCUCCCUGCAGCCAGGACUCUUUGCCUUCACCUGCCACCUCCAGGAUCUGCGUUUGCCAGGGAACAAAAUCGAGGUGCUUCCCCCUGGCAUCUUCCGCCCACUUCGGCGCCUCCAGACGUUGGACCUCUCACAGAACACCCUGGUUGAGCUGCCGGCUGGGCUGCUGUCCCCCCUUGCUGCCCUCCGCCUCCUCAAGCUCAGCGACAACCUGCUGACGCAGGUGCCCCCCGGAGCUUUCGGGGCGCUGAGCCAGCUGUCUGGGCUCCACCUGGAUGGUAACCAGCUGGAGGAGCCGCCAGAUGCCCACAACGCCCUGGGCAGCCUGGCCCCUAACAUCUUCGCUGGUCUCCCCAACCUCACCGUCCUCAGCUUGGAGGGCAACCGCCUGGCCACCCUGCCCGCCACCCUGUUCACCGGGCUCUUCGAUGCCAAUGAGGAGCUGGCACGAGUCGGGCUGGCCGACAACCCCUGGGCCUGUGACUGCCACCUCACCUAUCUCCUGCGCUGGCUUCAGAGCUUUGCUGAGCUCUUCACCCACACUCAGGCCUCAUGUGCCAGCCCGGCCACUCUCCAGGGACGGUCCCUGCUGGAGGUCCCCCAGGGGCAGCUCGAGUGCCCAGGAGCACCCAGUUUUCCUGAGGAUGCUCUGGGGCAGUGUACCUACAGCAACUCUGAGGGCACCACCUGUGCCCUGACCUCCUGCGAGACCAGGCCCCGCGCCUGGGACGUGGAUAAAGAGGUGGCCAGCAAGGAGCAGGAGAAGCUGCAGCACCAUGAGCUGGUGUCCCUGUGCUCAUGGAGGGUGGGACAAGAAAGGGACCGCACUGAGGCCCACCUCAGCCAGAUGGGAUGA